AUGGCAGAGACAGAAGCUUCAGUGGCCAGCCUGCCAUUGCGGAUUGGCACGCGAAGAUCCAACCUAGCCGUGAUCCAAGCUAAGACUAUCCGAAGCCAACUAGAGAAGAUUGCACCAGAGCAUACUUUUGAAAUUGAAGCCCUUCAUACCCUUGGAGAUAAAGACCAAAAUAGUGCUCUUUAUAACUUUGGUGCAAAGGAUCUAUGGACAACAGAGCUAGAGGAAUUACUGACUUCGGGCAAGCUGGAUAUUGUUGUGCAUUGUCUUAAAGAUAUGCCAACGCAGCUCCCCGAUAGUUGUGACUUGGCUGCUAUUCCCCUCCGUGAUGAUCCCCGUGAUGCCUUAGUUAUCAAAGCUGGUCUACCAUAUACAAGCUUACAAACACUGCCUGAAGGUGCAAUUGUUGGUACCUCUUCGGUGCGUCGUUCUGCGCAGCUUCGUCGUCUAUUUCCGCAUCUACGUUUUAUGAAUAUACGUGGCAAUGUUGAAACCCGCCUAGCAAAGCUUGAUGAUCCAAAAAGCGAGUAUAUCUGUAUAGUAAUGUCUGCCUGCGGACUUGAACUUGGCCAAGGUGCAAUUGGCCUUGAAGUUAGGAAAGGUGAUGCCAAAAUCUUGCGUUUAACAGACCAAUUACUGGACCAUAAAUCUAGCCUCGCAUGCCUUGCUGAGCGUUCUCUGAUGCGCACGCUUGAGGGUGGCUGCAGUGUCCCCAUUGGCGUUGAAACAGAGUGGAUUGAUAAACCGGACGCAACCCUGAGAAUAAGAGCAAUCGUUGUUAGUAUCGAUGGCACUCAAAGUGUUGAAGAUACAACUGAUACAGUGGUGCAUACCAAAGAAGAAGCCACUGCGCUGGGACAAGAAUUAGCCGCAAGACUACUAGAGGCCGGUGCCGCUGCCAUUUUGAAGGAUAUCAAUACCAACCGGCCCCCCAAAGAUUAA